AUGCUCACCGUACGGGAGGACUCCAUGGAGUCGCGAACUAUCUGGCUGGCCCUUAAAAUGAACAUCUCGCACUGGUGCGGGAGGUCUCAAACUCUGGCUAGCCUGACGAAUCUGUACCCUCCGAGCCUCAUUGAUCAUCGCCCGUCUGUCUCGGCGAACGGACGCAUUGACACCCCGACUUCUAGUGUGUCGGGUGCCAGAACUAUCAUAAUAGUCAUCGAACGCCUCGUCGUCGUCCCUGGCAUUAGAUUGUCCAGCUUUAGAUUCCGAGUUGGGAAACGGCGACUCGUUUUCUUGGAAAUUCACUCGAUUCUAGACGAAGCUCAAUUUCUCUCGGUCGAGCAACUGCUGAAAUCUCUUGUGGAAGGCAACGCGAUCGGUAAGGAGUGUUCGGGAGUAGUCUAUCACGUGGAGCUCAAAAACGGCGAAGUGAUCCAUGUGAAAAAGCUCUGGUCGACACGAUGCGUGCCGGUUUUAACAACAACGACAGCCGGUUCGAUGCUGGUGGGGUCCGCGACUCAUUCUCGAAGGAGGCAAAGACACUCGGGUCCAUCUGGGAAUAUCGUCAAGUUUCUAGACUGCUGCUCAAAUCGCAACACAAGGCUGCUUAUGUACGAUUACAUGCUGACAGAAACUGGGGGAAAAUGGGUGCUGGCCACUACCAUGAAGGACACCAUGAAAGAAGGAAAAAACCCAUAUGAAGCCCAAAUAGGGUUCCAUCCCAAAACCAAUCGGUGGAAGGAGGAGUAG